GUUCUCAAAGUUCUCGGUAGAUGGAGUGUCGGCUCUUUUAGGUGAUCGCGCUUGACGAUGACUAAUACAAAAGAGACUAAAGAGAAGAAGACUGCAGCUACAUCUGCUGCAGCAAAAGAACCUGCUGCAGCAAAAGAAUCUGCUGGUGAAAAGAAAGUCAAAGGAAAGCCCUCAAGAGGAAAACCAAGGAAUUAUGACUUAGGAAAUGGAGUCUACAGAUUUAGUCGUACUCGUAUGUACCACAAAAAGGCUAUUUACAAAUUCCUUAAGAAGACUACUCCAAAGAAGGUUAAGCCCAAGAAACCAGUGACUAUUGAAAAGCCAAUUGGUGGUGAUAAAAAUGGAGAGAAGCGUAUUGUGCUUCUCAAAAAGAGGCGUGCAAGCUAUCCAACUGCGGAUAGAGUCACCGUACAUCAUCCUAAGAAAUGUUUCCACGAACAUCGCCGGUACUUGAGGCCUAAUUUGACACCUGGAACAAUCUGCAUUCUUUUGGCUGGGCCUCAUAAAGGAAAGAGGGUUGUCUUCUUGAAGCAACUGAAGAGUGGUUUACUUUUGAUCACUGGACCAUUCAUAAUUAAUGCUUGUCCUUUGCGAAGAGUGAGUCAGAAUUAUGUGAUUGCAACUUCGACAAAGCUCGAUUUAUCUGGUGUUGUGAUCCCUAAACGCCUUAACGAUGAAUACUUCAAGAGAAAACGCGACAAGCGAGCAAAGAAAGAAGAAGGCGAUAUCUUUAGCAAAAAGAAGGAAGAAUACAAACCGAGUGAACAGAGGAAAUCUGACCAGAAAUUAAUCGACAAGAUGAUCAUUAAAGUUAUGAAGAAUCGUCCGGACAAAAAAAUGCUGUUUACUUAUCUGUCAGCAAUGUUUGGACUGCGCAGCAGUCAAUAUCCACACAGGAUGAAGUUCUAAGCUUCUAUGUCUUUAAUUUGAUGAAAAUAAAGAGGUAAAAUCACAAAAAAAUUAAAUAUGUAUGACGGUCUGAU